UGUCAAAGUAUGUAAACACGUCCAACACAACACAAAGAACAAAACGUUGAAGUUAGUCAUGAUUAAAUAAGGUUAGAAAUUCGUUACGAUUCGAACCCUCGUCGCGCUGUGAAUGUGAAAAUCGAAUGAUUGCGUUCGGCUUCUGUGGCAGAAAUAAAUAAUAACCAGAAUGGCAAUCAGUACUUAUUGCCAAACAAGGGACGCCAGCGGGAUGCAAGACUGUUGAAGGAGGGGGCGUGAAUUUCCAAAUUUAUACGGCAAAUGUGCACGGCCAGACAGGAUGUUAGGAAUUUCCUCGCUUUACUCUCGGGUGCGCGUGCGGCAGCGGCGGCGAGUGAAUGAGCGCGUCCUGGCCGCGCGGACAAUUGUUGACGUGCGCCUGUCGGAAAUGUUGUAGGCGUAUUUGGAGGGGUAGUUGUCGCGCACCGCCUUCGACUUACCGUCAUCGUGCGGUCGGACGGCGAGCGCGUCGGCACGGCUGGCUAUAUGUAUGUGGUGCAUGGUUAGUCCGCGGUCGGUCUUCGCGUGUGCAAGUGCAUCCUGUCUCCGGCGCGCGUGGAACCGCAGCCACUGCCGAGGCGCUAUGAGGCGUCGCGGCGCCACAACGCAACCGUUCGCGUCCGUCGCCCUCUGGACGUCGUCGCUCCUGCUGGCCGCGCACUUGGCGGCCGCGGACUGGUGGCAACUGGGGCUCGCCGGAUCCGCUCCGAACAGUGUCGACUUGACUCCGACUUUCCACAAGGACCGAUGUCAGGGAUUAGACUUUUUGAAUGAGCAUCAGAAAGCCAUAUGUGCCGGGAGUAAUAAACUUUUACCGGUGUUGGGGAAUGGGGCUAAACUAGGAAUAGAAGAAUGCCAACAUCAGUUCCGUAAUAACAGAUGGAAUUGCACAUCAUUUCCAGAUAGCGGCAACGUUUUUGGAAACGUGGUUUCAAUCAAAAGCAGAGAGUCGGCAUAUUUAUCGGCUGUGUCAGCAGCAUCGAUAGCGUUUGCUGUCACCCGGGCCUGCUCCAAGGGUGAGCUCAACGAGUGUGCAUGCGACAAUCGCGUGCGGCAGCGCAAACCGCGCACCUGGCAGUGGGGCGGCUGCUCGGAGGACAUCCGACAUGGGGAGAAGGUCAGCAGGGAGUUCCUCGACGUACGCGAGGAUCCCAACACCGCCGUGGGGCUAAUGAAUUUGCACAACAACGAAGCUGGACGCAGGAGUAUCAGAUCGAAAAUGCAGCGGGUAUGCAAGUGCCACGGAAUGUCGGGAUCGUGCAGCCUACGUGUGUGCUGGCGGCGGCUGCCGACCUUCAGAAUAGUUGGUGAAGCUUUGUAUCAGAACUACGAAGGUGCUUCGCAUGUGAAAUUCGUCGAGCGACGCAAGAAAAAACUACGUGCAGUGAGUCCAGAUAUGAAGAAGCCGAUUAAAACCGAUUUGGUUUAUUUGGACGAUUCACCAGAUUAUUGUGAAAAAAAUGACACAUUGAAUAUAAUGGGUACCAGAGGCCGUCUCUGCAACAAAACGAGUCAAGGCAUCGAUGGUUGCCGAUUACUCUGCUGCGGGCGCGGUUAUCAAACACGCGUCCGCGAAGUAGAAGAGAAGUGCAAAUGCAAGUUCGUGUGGUGCUGCCAGGUGGUAUGCGAAAUAUGUCGAUACACCAAGGAGGAGCACGUCUGCAAUUAAAACAUAAACGAAAAACACGGGUAGAGUUGGCGAUACCAAAUUGAUCUUCACACUGAAAACGCAAACUUCUAUACUUCAUAAUUCGUCGUAGUCGUAGCGAUUACAUACGAACGUUUCCAUUUCGAGAAUCAUCCGUCUUUAUUAGUUGUAGAAGAUAGAGAUAUAACUUAAAACUUAACAAUACGAAUUAACUUCAGUAAGUUUUAAACAUUUUUACGAAAAUUUAAAGUAAAUAGUAAACAGAAUUGUCUAAUAACGUAAAAUAUUUAAAUACGCCCGCCAUCUUGAUGCAAGUCUUACUUUUCGAAUGUUUAGAAUUUGAUACAAUUUCCACGACUUAUUUUUUAGCUUUAAUCGUACUUUUUAGUCAAAUGUUUAUGCAUUACAAGUUAUAAAAAGAAAAUAUACCGGAUUGAUUUAAGUGCUCAUUACAAAUUGUAAUUCUCAGUCGCAUAAUACGCCAAACACAACAAUGAACGUUGGAUUAUCGGAACUUGUAUAAUAUUUAUUUAUGUGUUCGCACGUGCUGUUCGCAAUUUAAUAGUCUGCUAUGUAUUAUGUCUCGAUAUAGAGUUGUAUAUAGAUUUAAUAUAUAAUAAUUAAUGUAAUGAUGAUACGCCAUAAAUUUAUUGUAUUGGACGCAGAAUGAAGCUAGAAAAAGAAGCAGAUGGCUCAAAAUGGCCGACGAACGAAGUUAUAAACUAUAGUUAAUAUUCUCAAUGGAAUCUCUCAAAUAGAAGAUACGAAUUGAUAUAUAAAUGUAUAACCGGUAGCGUUUAUUGCGUUUUUGGUUUUGUAAAUAAUUUUCUUACCUAUUCGAAAGCGUAAGUUAUUGAAUGUGUAAUUCACUCAUCUGCUCAGCGAGUGGUUUCGGUACUGACUUUGACUUCCCACUUUUGUUCGCAAUGACUAAACAACAGCAAUAAUGGUACUUACAUGUCUAUAUUAUUGGACGAAUGCAAGCUAACCAAUAUUUAAAUGUGCCAUAUUCAAGUAAUAAACUCUGUGUACGAUUAUUUCCCUAUUUCGGUGACUGUAUAAACUCAUGUGUGUAGCCUUUGAUGGUUUUGUUUUUCUAAAUGGCAAAAUGGAUGCAACAAUCAGUAUUAAUUUAUUAUUAUAAAGGGCAAUCCUUAUUGUGUACAAAUAUAUUACUUUCAAACCA